AUGACGUCAUCGGAACAUUCUACUAGGUCAACCAAACAUGAGAAGCUCGGCAAUCUGUUGCAGCUCCCGGAGAACGGUGCCGAAAAACCGAAACCGAAUGGUGGCUCCAGAGAGUGGCGAUCGAACAUUAAGACUGCAAUAGCUAUUUUAAACUGUAUAUUAGCGAGACAAUUGUGUUUCGAGGAUCCAUCAUGUUCCGCCAUCCUAGAAAUCAUCCCCCGAGUUUGCGGUCCCGUACCAGUGGCGUGCAGCACGGUGACAGUGACCAAAUGUCAGGCCGCGCUCCGGACCCUGCAGGCGUUUCCGUUUUUUCGGCCGACCUGCCUGUGCAAGGAGCCGGGCAUCGAUCCGGACUGCAAUUACUUUCGGGACUUCCUGUUCGACCAUCCGUGCGGCUUCGUCUCCAAGAAAGGCUUGACAGACCCUAGCGAAAAAGAUGGGGCUGAUGAGGAUUGUUCAAACGAGUUCCAGCCAAUCGUUGCCUCCGUUUGGCGCCACCAGAAUCAGAUCAAACAAGAGGGGCAGAACCUCGACGACGACGUCAUUCGAAGCUCAAUGCACACCACUAAAUGUAUCACCUUUCCCAUUGCAGAUGUACUACCUUCCGCACUAGACAGUUUCUCUGGCACCGCCACCAAUUCCAUCUAUCCCAACUUCUAUCCGUCGGAUGUGAUCGAAGAUCCGCCCCCGACCAGCACCUAUCCCUACUUUCUGUUUCCCUCGAAAAAAUAUCCGGUUUCGGCCUUCGAGCCAACAAUCUUCAAUGGCGUGGACUACAUCAAUGUCCCGGCCAUAAUCCCCAGCACCAAUCAUUCAACAACCCAGCACCAGCACCCGCACCCUCAUCACCCACAACAUCCCUCUGCACCACCACCCCCACCCUCAGCACCGGACGAUUCGCACGAUCGUCUUCGCACCGAUGGCACUGAAAUGCACCACACACAGCAGCACCAUCACUUUUCUUCCACUGAGCACCAACGCAAUGUUGACAACAGCUUCGGCACCAACUUUAGCAGUGGGCAUCACUACGGUUCCCAUCACAAUGGCCAGCAUGCCCCGCCAAGAUCCGGCGGAACAGAACCGGAGGGUACCGGAAGCAGCGCCUCCUGGUGGGACGUCCUGGUGCCCCCGGAUCUGCACCAGCGACUGGAACGCGUGCGAGCGAUGGGCAUGGACGAUAACUAUCAUCGGUUGUUGGAUCAGAACAUGGCCCUGAUUGAGACCCCGCUAGUGGCCCCGGCCCAUGCCUACUUCCCGCAGCACUUCAAGACGGCUCUGUAUCCGUACAACAUGUCCGGUUUCCACCAUCAGCACCAGCACGGAUUGCACGGGGGCCACUUCGGGACCCUGCCAGGGGGCAACGGAAACGGAAACGGAGGCCAUCACGGGCACAACGGGGACCACGAAGCGGCGAACAAUGGUUAUCUGGCGGCUUCGGUUUCCUCCCCGGUUGACAACAUCCUUAUCAGUAUGAAUGGCGACGGCAAUGGGGCCGAUGCGGCGAUCGAGUACGGUGGCAGUUACUACGACAACACGGUGGAAAGACAAAUUGGGUCCGAUGAUAUCGAGGAAAAGGAAGCCGAAAUGAGCUUUAUACAUUUUCAGAGUACCUGUCACCUGGCGCUGGACGCCUGCCGUGACGAUCACGUCUGCUCGUCGGCCCUCAAAACGGUGUUGAUGCACUGCGAGGUGCAUCGGUGCAACCGGAACGCCUGUAUGGAUUCGCUGCAAAGCUUCUACAAAGGCAUUCACGACGAUCUCAGCUUGGACAUCGCUUUCUGCCUGUGCAGAAAAACCCCCAACAGACAUGACAGCUGUAUGAUAGCGCAGGAGAAGCUUCAUCCGGCUUGUGCGCAGCGACCUCCGGAGAGUUUGAUACCGCAAAAUUCGAACGGAGCCGUCUCGACGUAUAAUCCACCUCCGUCGUGUCACGCGGUCGCCGAGAUGUGCCGGGAGGACGUAGAUUGCCGGGCCAGGUUGGAAGUUUUCGAGCAGUCCUGUGCCGUGGAUAGUGUCACAAAGAAGUGUGCCGGAAAGACCAGCGGCUGUCGGCAGGCCAUGUUGGGUAUCCUGGGAACUCCGCUGCGUACCAAUUGCGCCUGUCAAGGUGCUGAUAUGCAGGGUCUGUACGAUUGUCUCGGGUGGCAGCGACUUCUGUGGUUGAACCCUUGUGUCGUUGAAUCACAGAAAGACUUUCACUUGAAACGACUGGCCGAGCUAGGAUUGCUCACUACGACAACUACGCCUACAACGACAACUAUGCGAACAACGCGACCAACGCCACCUCCAACUCCGCCACCUACAAAACCGAAGCCUAUCUACCGUCCAAAACCAACCGAAAUGCAACCGAUCGAGACCAACUACAUAGAGACGCCAGACACUCGUCCGGAAACGCUCGUCCACAAGGGCAAUGAACUGAUCAUAAGGCACGAUCUAGAUCCACCUGCUCUGCCUCCACCACCGGAAGUGUACGAACCAAGUGGGAAACAUCGCCACGGACGACCACUUCCGACGCACGAAGACAGCGAAGAUCGGGACGAUGAAGACGAUAUACCGGCCCCUUCAAAAUCCGGCAGCAACAAGAUCCAUCAGCGACCCGACGAGCAAGUCCUGCACAUGUACACUACUUCGACAGAGGUUGAAACCCUUCCGCCAACGACGACUACUACGACAACACCAGAGCCAACUACGACACCAGUCCCAAUACGGUACUGUGUAGUUCAGAGAUCUCAUCAGUCCGAUCAGCUGAUAGCUGAAGGCAAAAGUCGACGGCUGUACAUGCUGGACGACGCCGAGUGCAGUGAGCUGUGCACCUGCGGCGGUGGUGACUCCCUAGCGCUCACGUGUCAUGCACUGUGCGUUCCACUGGCACCCUGCCGGACAUCGCUGGCGUACUACAGCCACGCGGCACCGGCCUAUCAGGCAUUCCGGGGUCGGUGCCUGUGUUACUCCGGCCGAUUCAUCUGCAUGCGACCGCCUCCUGGAGAGUAUUCCUUGCCGGGUGGCAUCUUUCUGUUACUAGGUUAUAGUUCUACCGACGAAGCACUGUUAAGACCGCACACUAAUUUAGGAGUUCAGGACGCUGUCCGAGCAUUGCAGCAGUACGUGCUGCAGCACAUCAAUAAUGAGACCUCUUGUACAUUAACGUUGUUCAACAUCACCGAGGAAAACAUCAUCCUAUCGAUAAGGUUGCCCCACGAUUCCAAACUCACCAGCUUCGAGCUGCUGAAGAUGGAAAAGGAUCAUUGCACAAAAAUCCUCGAAACCAUCUCGCACCAGAUCAACACCCAGCACGUCGAAAUGUCCGCCCACCGUUUGCUGAGCAUCUUCAAGAUGGCCGAGGUGCAGGUCGUCAUGCCGGAAGUGAGUAGCGGCUUCCGGUGGAGCAGCUCCCGAAGUUGGCAGCUGCUCGUAAGUCUGGCCCUGGCACUGGCUUUCACACCCGUUGUCCGGUGGAACCUGCAGCAUAUGCUCGGGCUUCUGAGCACGUGACAUUGAAUCGAUCCCACGGAACUACAUCGUCGCCAUUUGUUAGAAUAAUCGUCAUUCUAAAUCAGCUAUCUUCAUUGAAGGAAAACCGAGCAAACCGAAGAAUAUCGUCCAAUCUCCAAAAAAAAAAGAAAAACAACACGCGCUCCAAAUCGUUGAUCGCAUCCUGAAUACGCUUCGUUCUACGGCUUCAUUAUCGGGUGGAACUCACCUGCCUCAUCUAGGGAGAAGAGAGAAAUUGAAAUCCAAAGCAUUAUCACACUUACCCAUAGGAAAACAUACACAAACAUUCCCAGGAUCAUCAUCGUUGUAAAUGAGGUUUGUAAAAAUAUCACACAGAUAGCAUAUAAAUUAAAGUAAGGGAAGGAAAAAAAACAAACAAACAUAAACAACUAUUGACUAUAAUCGCUACAAUUGCUACUUUACUCGACAUGUUACGCCACUGUUACACUCUAUAGCCAUAUUGAUUUUUUUAACGAGAAUAAUCGUACUGGAGAAAGGGAAAAAAGUUUAAUAUAAGAAAAUGAUUUCAAAGAAAUAUAGAAAAUUAAUUACAGAAAAAAGGGAAAAGGUUACGUUUUUUAAUCUACGAAAAAGUAUGUGCAAGUGUUGAGGAAAUGUUCUGUGAAAAAAAAUAAACAGACGAAAUAUAGAUAUUUAAACAUUUCUAUUGAAAUUGAUGAUCGAUUGCGGCAACUGUGGAACCGGACAUUCUUUGAAACUGAAAGUGUACAUCGAGGGAAAAACUGCGUGUGAAUGGAUGUGGAAAGCUGAUUUACUGUAGGGAAAUCAUUGACUGGUUUUUAUUUACAUUUUUGAAAUCGAAAAAAAUAUCAUUGUGUAGUAGGAGAAAAAAAAACUCAAACUCAAGCCAUAAAUUUCCGAGCAUCGCAUCGGAAGGGAAGGAAACAGAAUCGAAAUAUUGAACAUAAAACUGUACAUUGUAGCCCCGCAUCGUGUACGAGUAGAGCAAAAAGAAAAACCAUGGGGAAUGAAUAUUUAAUUUGUGUUCGUCGUUAGUUGUGUGGACUAGUUAGUUAGUGAGUAACCCUUCACCUGAUGUGACAGAAAAAAAAUACGAAAUCCUACAAUUUUUCAUUUUUCACCGACUACAUAUCUUGAAGAGAAAAAAAGAGUAACGGAUUCAAUUGACACCCAAUGAUAUAAAUUUGUCUGUGUUUUUAUGUUCGAGUUAUUUAAAAAAAAAAGUAGAAUCAAAAAAAGUUUUAAACAAACUUAAACUAAAUUUAUAUUAACAACGCACCAAGUACUUCAAUUCUUUGAUUUUUUAUUAUUUUUCUAUUCUCAAAAAAUAGACUGACAAAUUUAUUUUGAUCGAACGUCACAAAAUAUUUUACUACAGUUUGAAAAUUGAAGAAAAACUUUAAACACUUUUUGUCAGUCGAUAUAUGUUGAAAUUCGUUGGGAGGAAAUGCGUACGAGAGUGAAAGUGCCGAGAACAGCUGGAUGAGUAAAUCAUUUGUAUUCUAGCAAAUUUAUUCCACUGGUGUGCGUGACUGUAACGUGGGAUGGAAAUGAGAAAAAACAAGCAUUCGAUAAGAUCACAAUCGUAAAAAUAUGUCUUCCUGAAAACAAAAAAAAAUGUGUUUAUUCUAGAAAAUAUGUAAAAUCUAAUAUCCAUCUAAUGAAAACUUCAAAGCAAAGCAUGGCGAAUAAAUAAGAAAGAGCGAAGAGAAAUCUAGUUUGUAUGUAAAAAAAUAAAAUAAAAGAAAACAAAUUCAUAAACCAAUUAUCAAUACCCAAACCUAGCUAUGGUAGGGUGGAUGGUGAAUAGGAUAAACAAUGAACUCACAAACACAGAAGGAAAAGAAAAACAAAAAGUGACACACUCACUCACACGAACACAAACGUACGUUCACGGCUAGCUAAAAUUGUUAAAUUUGUUGGAUUGAGAAGGAAUGUUUCUAUUGAACGGUUUAUUUUCGAUGCUUGUGAAUAAAAUUUAUCAAUACUUACAACCACAUUCUUACUUACAGAAAUAGAACAAAAAACAACAACAAAACAACAACAAAACAACAGCAACAUGAACACAAAUACAUUCACAGACAUUCAGAUGUUUAUCAGAUGGAAAAAAAAAUCAAAUCACAUCACAUUUAAUCAGUAACCUUAGUAGAAAGAUUCGCGACGUCGUCUGUGUGAGCUGCAAAUUUGAUAAGGAAAAGGAAAAAAUGCGUUGUAAAUAGUUAUACACUAACACCCACAUAGAUAUACUUAUUUGUUGAAUCGAAAUCGUCAAAUCGAUCGGAAACUGUUGGAACAUUUAAAGAGUGAUUUGCCCAAUUUGGAAUAUCGGAACUUUAGCAAAGUGUGUUUUUGUUCUGGCCCACGCUCCAUUCCGGCUCUCGUUGAAAUAUCAGAAAGAUAGUUUAAAACGUAUUUUAUAUCUAGACGAAUUUUGUUUGAAUUUAUAUCAAACUAGAGGAAAAGAAAGCCGUCAAAUUAAAUUAACUGCUAAAGCAAGUUAUUUGUUUUCGCAUUCAUAUAGCGCUACAACCCGUAAACCGAAGAGAAAUAUUUUAAGGAAGUCGACUGUUUGGGGAAAAGGAACACACUUGUAUUCAUACACUUCACAUAUACAUAUAACAGCAACACGGAUACAUAUCAAUAUACAAAGAAUAGUUCUAAUAAAGGCGAUUCGAACAAAAAACGAUAACAUAAAACCAUUCAAUCACACAGAAUUCAUAAUAAUUGAGUUUUUUUUCCAAAGAGAAAAAACAAAAAUUACAAAUGAUAAAAUAACACUCGUACACACACAUAUAAACACUCAAAAAUGAACUAAGUUUUUAGUAGGAUGAACUCUUAUCAAAAAUGUUUUCUUUUUAACUAAGUUUAGCAGUGUUUACUAUUAUUCAGUUGAUAACUUUAUCCAUUUUGUAAGAAACUGUCAUGAAAUGAACUGUAAUAAAACAGAAACUAAACAUCAUCGUUUUGUUUUUUUUUCUUUUUUUUUUGGAAAUCGUCUCCAACGUACCUACUGGUUUUUCUAAUUUUUCCCUUUUUCUCAGAUUGGAUAGAGUUAUUUCUAACUUUCUGUUGAGACUCACGGUUCGUUAAGAUCCUUUAAUAGAAACGGGCUCGUUCGAUGUUUUCUGCUGAACUCAUCAGAACCAAAACUAUGUUUGUAUUGGUUUCAGAAUACAGUUCGCAACUGAUGAUUGCCGAACAAUGGGCGGAGGAACCGAAAAGUUGUUUUUUAUCUUCUUAAGAAAAAUUCGGAAGAUCUGUCAAAAGUUGGGUAAAAAUUUAGCUGCAUUGCAUCUCACUUGCACUAAUGCAAAUCCAUCGCCCAAAUUCGGCAGCGUUUUCAUCGCCUGUAGGAUGAGGAUAACAGUACAAAUGUUUACAUCAUCACACGGUUAAGCGAGUCUGCCCAAUUAGGGUUCGUGGUAGCACAACAUUGUUGUCAGAAAUUCUAAGUAGAAGUACCAAACUACUCAUUCAGAAUUGAGUACUUUCUUAGUUAGAGAAUAUGAGAAGUGAAAAGUGACAAAAAGUAAUCGCAAGAUGAUAUUACAACAACUAGUCGUAGAAUGGAAAUAAACGAUCACUCUAUUCCAUCACUGAAACCCGCGUUUUCAACACUUAUGACAACCCAGCAAAUUAUUCUUUUAUAUUACGCUUAAAACAGGCCUUUUUCCGACAGUAUGCGUCAAGUGUCAGUAAGGGAAACUGAAGCCAAACUUGGAAUGGCAACAUUUGUUCACUGAUGAAAGUGUGGUUUUCACUUCAACGAAAUCAGAUCAAUUCUGAUUGCAGGUUAAUGUGUGAAUGAAUUUUACCGACCCUUGAGCAUCCCCCAUGAGCGUGCAGGUUGAGCGAGCAGUCAUAUCGUAAAAAUUUAGAGUAGUUCAGCCUUUCUUUUCAGUAAGUCACCGGUGAAUUUUCCUAUAUCGGAUUUUCUGUCCGUACAAGCAUGCUUCCGGUCAAAAUUACACAAUCGGACAUUCUUUAGAAGCUUACAAAUUUCGACAUAGAUGGGAUUUUCUGUUCCAAGUAGAAGCGCUGCCUCAGAAUAUUCAAUACAAAGUGGGUUGGCCCAGAAGAAGUAUGUUAAAAAAAGAGUUUUAAAAACAUGGGAAAAAAUUUCCAUAAACAAACCUUUUCUUCGAACUUUUAAAGAAUUUUUUUACUUUCCAUCAGGACAAAAUGGGACUUGGUUUUUUGAGUUAAAUUUUUUGAUCGUGCAGCUACACGUUAAAUUUCGAGGCAGCCCAUUUCGCGUUCGAAGAAUUUUGUAAACAGGACCUGCAAACUGUCACCACAAAAGGGAAUAACGACAUCGUGAAUCGACCCAUUGCAGAAACAAAAAGCUUGCUUUAAAAUAAUUGGGAUUACAAGUUACCCAUUGUGAAAUAUACUGAGUAGUAUAAAUACCCAAUGUGGUGAAGCAGUUUCAGCAAAAAAAAAAGCUACAUCGUUUCUUUCUUUUGCAGUCAAAUGGAAAAAAAGGGAAACCGUAGUUCCGUAUGUGAUGAAUAAGUGUUUUUUCCGAAUGUGUAGAUUGGAAACGUCGUCAAAACUGGCAUUGAUGAACAAGAAAUAAAAAGCGAGUCGUAAUGACAGCUUGAUCACGACGUUCCUAAUUUCAAGCGAGUUGAGAGGACGGCUUAAAAUUGAAAGAUGAGUUGAGAAGAAAGUCUAAACAUAUCGAUAAGAAUUCAAGCGAGUUGGGAGGACAGCUUGAAGCUCAGACGCGAGUUGAGAGGACAGCCUGAACAUAUCGAUAAGAAUUCAAACGAUUUGAACGAACAGCUUGGAAUUCAAAGACUAGUUGAAAGGACAGCCUAAACAUAUUGAUAAGAAUUCAAGCGAGUUGGGAGGACAGCUUGAAAUUAAAAGGCGAGUUGAAAGGACGCGCUACUCGUGUUUUCAAGAAACCGUUACCUAUUAAGCCUGUAAAAUACUAUUUGUAAAAUUUCCACAAUUAAGUUUUUUCUUCAUUUCGAUGUAUAUUUAAACCCAGCAAACAUUUAAGGAGGAAUAUCGAAGGAACAACAGAAUUAUUCAAACAAUUAUACCAGAUGAAAAGAUUGUAUUAAACUUACCAAAAAAACAUAUAGCUACAAAAGUGGAGGCGAUAUAUCUACAAUGACUCAGUUCCAACGAUUCGAUUUCCCCACAAAAUGCAAAAUAAACGAUUUAAAGUAAUUUGAGUAAAAUAUAAAAAAAAAUCCCCGAUCGAGAUUUGAACUCCAGCCCUCCGGGUUCGCAGUCCGGUAUUUUACCUCGAUGCCAACUCAUCAGUUGAUAUGAUUCACGUUAUAGCUCUAUUUAUAGGUGAGAUUUACUUUUUACGAACCAGUCAAAGGAAGAAAGGUAGAGAUCGGAUAGAGUUGCAAUCGAUGGGUGGUUCAUUUCCAUUUAUCGUAAAUCCGUUCACUCAAAUCGUAAAUGCCGAAUUAGCGUAUUCCCAACUUUUUGGAGGCAUAUUUACGAAUUGACUAAACUGCUAUCCGACUCAACUUUUUUUUGGGCAAAGCUUGUCGUAAUUGAAUGAUAGAAAAUCACUCAAUACCAACUUGUAUACGAUGGUUAUUGAAAAUGUCUUAAUAUUCGAUUUGGUUUAUCAUUUCUAUUACGAUUUCAUGUUAGCUGGGAAGACACUUUCAUUAAGGUGUCACUUGACAAAGGACAAUGAAUAAGACAAUAUUUUUUGAUAUCUACAUCGAUAGAGGACUAUGAUUUUAUGUUAAAAAAUCAUGCUAACCUCUCUAAAAUAAGCUUUUUAUGUGUAUGUUUCAUCAUGGCUCAUGCGCUCAAUAUAACGCGCCACCCAUAAAAUAUUGAAAAAAUCAUUUUUUUUUUCAAAACGAUUCUAGCACGUUCCCCUACUUAAUCGAAUGUGAAAUCAAGACACAUGUUGUGCAUUUGAAUCAAAUUUCCGUCAGAGGUAUGCCCAGACUAUCGAGCACGAUGUUAAGAAUUUGGAAGAAAAAUGAAAGAUAAUCCGAAUCAAAUCUGAAAAUUUGAAUUCGAACUGGUCGAGUAAGCUUGCCUUACGGGCAAAUCAAUGAAUGUAAGAAAUUGCACCUUGAGUUGAGUUGAGAUAGAGUAUUGUGGUGAGCAUGGGAAAUACCGGAAAUUUUCUUGAAUUUAGGUUUUAGCAACCAGACAAGCUGCCUGGCAUGCCAAAAUGGACUCAAACGGGAAGAUUGUUCCCAGUGAUAACACUUUUGUAUGGCUCUGGAAAGAGCCGUUUUGUAUGCAACGGGAGAAAAGUGUAGGAGCAGCGAGCACAAAGAAACAUUCACUUUCUAGCUUUCCAUAGCGUUUAAUUUCUCUCUACAAAAUUUAACACUACGAAUACUAGUUUUUUGCGUCAUACAAUCGGCUCCGACCGAGUACGAUGAUGGUAGUUGGCAAAGAUGCCAAUGUGCCUGAUUUUUCAAGAUUUGCCUGAUUUUUCGAGGCUCAGCCUGACAACCUGAUAAGCCAUAACAUAUUGAAUUUCCCUGAUUUUUGAAAAUAUGCCUGAUUUUUACGAAUGUUAUGAAAAAGGGGUCGAAAGGAACAGGAUUAGGUAUCAUUGCUAAAGUAAAAAAAAGUGAAAAUGUGGCUGAAUCAAAGCAAUCCCUUUAAUUUUUAUUUAAAAAAAGGAAGUUUUUAUUCAGUAGAAUUAUUCAACCAAGUAGGCUCCUAACACACAUUCGAGUGAAAACGUGAAGCGAUGGACGAAAAACAAGUUAACAACUUUGAGCGAAAUUUCCGUUACUUGAACGUUGCCUGAUUUUGCCUGAUUUUUAUUUCAUCACAUCUCUGAUAUUGGAAAAUAAAAAUGUUGGCAACCCUGGUUGCUGCUGUUCUCUUCGUUGGUUUCUCUCUCCUUCGGUUUCGUUAUCGCUACGAUGUUGUCGUGUUCAUGAUAAAGGUCUGGUAAACUGAACGUCCACGGUUUUUAUAACCUUGACCCAUCGCGCGCUGCUAACUGAUUGGUCGCUGGUCUUUUUUUCUCGCUCUCCUUCUUCGGACCGCCCACCUUCUUCGGAUUGUGUUCCUUCUUCAGACCGCUCUGCUGAAAGUGCGCUUUCGGUGUCAUUUUGAUCGAGGUUGUCCAAUGGUGCUAACUUGUGAAUUGGACUCUUCUAGGUGCAAGAUUAGGUUUUAUGUCCACAACUCUUACUAAACCAUCUUCUUCAUGAUACACCGUAACUAUCUGAGCAAGCUUCCGAAGCUGAGGAGGAACGUUUUCUCCCUUUAAAAUCACAAUCAAUCCGAGUUUUGCGUUGACUCGCUUUUGCGUUCAUUUGCCUCGAACUUGUAGUUCCAUCAAAUUCUCUUUCGACUACUUGCUCGAAAAAUACUCACAAGGUUGUUGAAACUACUGUCAGCGAGACAAAAGGUUUUCUGGAAUUUUCUUGUACGUCGGUUCAGGGACAGCAUGAAAGGGACGACCUAUCAUGGGGUGUGCAGGGGUAAGUGCCUCGGGAUCAUGAGGGUCAUUUGAGUGAGUGAGUAGUGGUCUUGAAUUGAGGAUUGCUUCUAUUUAACACAGGAGAGUGUAGAGCUCAAAGACAGUGAGCGACGCAGACAGGUAAAACUUCUUGAGAACAGAUUUUACGCUCUUAAACACCCUCCAAGAGGUGGCCGAAAUGUGGGGAAUUGGGAGCAAUAGUUUCCCAACGUAUCUCUUUGGUCUGACAUAGCUCGACGAGAUUUUGCACCAAUAAAAUUGGUUCCAUUGUCACUGAAGACGGUAUAUGGUGGGCCCUUGCGUGAAACAAAACGUUGGAACGCUGCCACAAAAGCCUCUGUAGAAAGGUUCUCCACUGCCUUUAGCCUUCGUUACCAUACAUACGAAGAUGGAAAUAUAACCUUUAACAGGGGUUGCCUUCCAAGCCAUUUGCUAACCAAGGAUGGGUCCUGCAUAGUUGACUCCAACUUACGUGAAGAAUGGUCCUUUAUUCACUCUGUAGGAUGGAAGAUCUCCCAUUUGUUGAUCUAUCGUAGUUGGAGAUGUAUGGAAACACUCAACGCAGCUUCUUAGGACGCUUUGACAAAAAAUUUGCCUAAAGAUGGUUAUCACACCAGAGACAUCCACAUGUAAGUUCACACGAUAAAUAGCAGUUUAAAGACUUCGAGACACUGGAAUUUUAUCCGGUAAAAUUAGCUGGUGUUUUGGUUCAUAGGGUAGGUUUGCUUAAUGAAUUCUUCCUCCAACUCGUAGUAGGCUGUUAUCGAGAAAAGACUUCAGACUGUAAGUCGAAGAUUGCUUUUACCGCUGCAAUUUUUUCAAUCUCCCUGGACAAUUUUUGUUGCUGAAUGACACUAACGAUCAUUUUCAUCGACUCGCAAAGUUCAAGUAUUUUCGGAUAGAGGCUAAAGGUUCGUUCUUCUCCCUUUUUCGGAAGGAAGAAAAAAAUCGUUGUGUUUUUUGAAAAGAGAGGAGCUUGGUCAGGAUUGGGAACUCUUCAUCCAAGUAUGAACUGACACGGGCAGUUUCAUUUCGGGAAUCUCUUCUUCAUGUACUCGUAUGAGAUCAAGGUUGCCGAAACCACAGAAAAAUCUCUAGUUUCACAGAAUUUUGAGCAUAUUUUCGCCAAAUAGGUCUGUUUCAAUGAAUACAGAAUUUUAGAAUUUUCACAGAUUGAAAAGGUUUUUUAAUUUUUGUACGUAUUCCUAAAAUUAAUAUUUUUAUGUUAACAUUAAUUUCGGACUUCUUACUUUGUUUUGGAUAAAUGUGAUCGGAUUGGUAAUGCUUAUUGGUUUUCUCACAAAAAUGUACAAAAGACUCAAUUUUUCAUGGCUUUUUCAAGAAAUCUGUGCCGUUUCACAGAUUUUUUGAUAUAAUCACAAAAAGUCAGAAUUUUUUCACAGGAGCACAGAAUUUUUAUUGGCCAUCUCGAUCUUGUUUAAGAGAUCAUUUUCGGUCAAAAAUUUAUCGAAAAUUUGCAAUUGUGGAUACUCACAAUGCUGACUGGUUUGUGGCCCAACGUUUUGCACACGUUCCGGCAGUCGUCCGGCUCUGAAAAGUCGUUGGUAGCGACCAACCAGUGAAGCAAGCCUGCGUUAUCCUGCUUCCCGAGGACCAUAACUUUAUAAAUAGACGACAACUUUUUCCAACCAAUAUGGCGCACUUUGUAAUUUGUUCGUUUUUUCGGAAACACGAAUGGCCAAUCAAUGUUCCUUCUUGAUAUUUUUAAUUGUCAACUGUUUACACUCUAAGCGAAGCCCACUAAAAAUAAAUGCAAUUUUCUUCGUCGUAUCUUGUUCCAGUUUCGCUUUCCCUUUUCGUUUGCGAUGGAUAAGCAAGAUUCUCUUCUAAAUUACACGCUGGGCCAUAUUGAACCAUGAAUGCUUGAAAAAUAACCAUAAUGGAAGUUUUAUGGAUCAAGUCGUUUUAUGAGUUUUCAGCGAAAACUCAUAAAAUGAGAUUCCACCGAGAACUUGGAUUAUGGUUAUUUUUUAACCGUUUGUUAAAACUGGAAAACGGUUAUAAAUUAACCGUUUUCCUAUAAAAUUAAAAAGGGUUCGUUCUAUUGCAGCUAAAAUGGAAGAUAUUCGAAUGUUAUAUUAAAAACCGAAGGACUAAUGGAGUUAUACCGUUUUAAUCAUCGUGUAUAGUAUUUAAUUAUUAUAAAUUAUAAUUUUUGAUUUCUGUUGAAUACUCUGUUAGAAAACUUCAAUUCAUAGUGCCAAGUUGCGUGCCUGAAUGAAAUUGAAACUAUUAUGUAACCGUUCCAGAGUCCAGAAGGCUCGAUAACAUGCUGGAGCUGUUUAGUCUUAAGCUCGGUUACAGUUCCUUGAAGCCCGAUCCAUUGGAGCACCGUACUCAUAGAACUAUUUCUAUCACAAUUCCAUGCAUAGUUCAAUCUGAAACCAAACGAAAAAUAAACUAUUGCUUCACAUGCAUUAUGUUACUAAGGUCUCAGGUUCUAAAAUCUUCAUCGAAUCUUUGCUAAAAUCUUACCCGUAUGUGCGUGCUUCUUUCCUGUAAAUUUUGAAGAACAAUCUUCCGGAUAAAUAUAUCAUUUGUAGGACUGCUCAAGCGAAUGUGUUCUAGACACGUCACGGAACGUGCGUUUAUAGUUUUGAAUAUUUCUUCUGAAAUUAUCAAAGAACUUUAUAGAAUUUUGUUUUAAAAUCAAAUAAAGUUUUUUCCUGAUCAGCCGUCCGGAAGGUAAUUGAAAUCAAUAUUGCUUCAGAAAGAUCAUACGUGACAUUGUUAUCGUAGAUCAGCUCAUCUAGCAAAUAGUUUCUCAUGAGGCAGCUUCCUCCAAAAAGUUCAGCCGUAUCCGAUAGUUUCCCCAUUCGCCCAGAAUCGUCCAUAGGAUUGUAAUCGUCGAUACUGAAAGUACGAAUCGUAAAUAUUACGAAUGAAAGAAGCACAACAAUAUAAAAAAUACAAUUUACCUGCUCAUGGUGAUCGGGUUGAAAAUUUGAUUUUCACCGAAAACUAUUGAGCUAGCGAAAAAACGAUGGCGGACCGCUCACCAAAAACAAACUUAUCUUUUCUGUUGAUGCUGGAAUUUUCAACCAUUAUUUUUGUUUUCAAAAAAAACUUUGAAAAUGGUUUAAAUUCAAUAGUUCAUUCUGGUUAAAAAUCAACAAUUAUCGAAGUUUUCGAGAGAAAACCAGAAAACGGUUGAAAAAAACUCGGAAAUGGUUAUAAAAAAAUGAGCGUGUAUGACAAAUUUCCAGAAAUGCCUUUUAUGUUUCUUAAAAUCGUUCUAAAAAGACACCAUUGGGCUCAAGCAUUUUGGAAUAAAACGAAUCACGUACAUAUCGUUCACAGGAAUUUCGGUAACAAUUUCACAUCACUUUAUUCAACUUUCCGAAGCUUACAAAAUUCCUUCUUCCUAGUGAUUCGAAACAAUUCCCGGAAGAAACUGCUUCAUCUCAGAUGGCAUCCUUCGAGACCGGAAUUCCGAAACACAAACUACCCCGAGGAAUUAGUGAAACCAGUAACAAGGUGCAGUCAAAAAUUUCCGGUGAACUCAAACAACAAAAAACGAUCUGGACUCAUCCCCCAAAAACUAUGCAACAAAAGACACUCACAAACACCAAAAGCAAAAAAAAGAAACAGAAACAGAAACAAAAACAAAAACCAAACUUCACCUGGACACACUCACACAAACACACUCAGCCACACACACAAUCUUCGAUUUCAAAACAAAAGAGUUUGAAAGAGUAAAGAGAAAGGGAAAAAUUUGCUACAGAGAUGGAAACUUUGAACAUGUUAGUAAAAAAAAUAGUUGGGAUGGGUAAUGGAGGCAAGUAGAAAAAAGUUCGUCCUGCGAAAAAAGAUUACCGGAGGUCGAGCAAAAAGGAAGGAAUGGAAACCAAAAUAUAUAUACAAUAGAUAUACAUACACCUACAAUUACAUGUACGAACUUAGGAAAACAAGAAAAACAAAAAAGUGAAGGGGGGAAAAAAUAUGCGGAAGGAAUACAGAGAGUCAGUGUUGAGAGCGACGAGCAGCAGCGAGAUGCAAGUUUGAGACUGUUUCCGGGAAAAAGGGCGAAAUUCGACUGUCUGUGAGCGAGUGAGUAGAAUAAGUAAAAUGGACAAAACAACAACAAACUUCUAAAGGAAUAAGUAAAUUAUAAGUUAAACUGAUGCCGGGAUUCGAAAAAAAAUGAGGAACGAGAAACGAAGGACGAGUGCAGUUGAGAGCAAAAUAAAGAUGAGAGAAAAAAAACUGUCUAAAACUA